AUGGGUGCUCUUUGGGCUAUCUGUUUAUUUUUUGCCUUUUUUGCGGUGUCUCAGUGUACCAUUAUUUCACGCAAAUACAUCGCAAAACUGCAACUGGGUGAUAAGAAAUCAAAUGAAGAACUUAUAGGAGAAAACAACUCUACAUCAGUCAUAGAGUGUGCAGCUCGCUGUCAAAGGGGCUGUAGUUUCUUUGGAUUUAAUCCUCAGAUAAAAAAUGUCGUACACACAAGAAGAUUUUCACGUCGGGGAUAUUUUAUGAGGGAGGUUGGGGAUAUUACUCACAUGAAUGUAUUUUUUCCGAUAGAUUGUAAAGAAAUUCAUGGAAAUGAUUACACAGAUUCCGGGGUGUAUGAAAUUUAUCCCUAUGGGACCAUUACCAGUCUUGUUCCUGUAUACUGUGACAUGACGACAAUGGGUGGAGGAUGGACAGCAAUCCAAAAACGUGUCAAUGGAUCCCUCAGUUUCGACAGAAAUUGGACAGCAUACAAUAAUGGUUUUGGUGCCCCUGAACAGGAUCUCUGGGUUGGAAAUGACAUAAUCCAUCAAUUAACAAAAGAAAACAACUCAUUCCUAUAUGUGUCAAUCACUCUCAAAGAUGGAUCAACGCUCUAUGAAUUGUACGAUCGCUUCUCUGUCUCCAAUGAAACUGAAAAAUAUCAACUCUUUCUUGCAGGACCUUCUAAUGGAACAUUAGGAGACAGUAUGACAAACACUACUAGCUAUUACACAAAUCUGUCUGGGAUGUUAUUCACCACCUCAGACAGGGAUAACGACGGAAGUAUGCGUAACUGUGCUGUUGAUUAUGGAGGGGGCUGGUGGUUUAACUGGUGUCACCAGGCCUUCCUUAACGGUCCCUGGAACAUGGCAUACUGGCUUUAUCCAUGGUACCCUAAAGUAGAGAGUGGGGCAUCUGUGAGGGGUACGAUAAUGAUGAUAAAACGUCACGAGUAGAUGGAGAUAUUUUAAGAAUUUGAAGGAAGAGUUUGACAAUAAUACAUCGAUUAGAAAAAAAAAUCUCAGAAAAGGGACAGUUUUAAAUGUAUAUUAAUCAUGAGGUUAAAUUUAUUUUUUUCCGAAAGGAAUAUUUAGUUUUAAGUGAAACAAGCCCUGAAGGUGAAAAGGAUUAUAUAUUUGAGGUGCUUCGUGUAUGAAUUAUUUGCUAAAGCAAUAAUUAAGGUGUAGUUACAUGUACAUGUAAUUUCCUUUACCAAAUGUACCCAGUUAAAUCUGUGCGUUUUAUGUGUUGUAAUAAAUUUGAAAACAAAAA